CGUUUUUUCCCUUUCAAAAGCUGAUCCUGGGAUCAACAUAUCUUACUGCAUAUUAAUAAGCUGUUGCCACACUCCCUGUACCAGCAAUGGCAGCUUCCAGCAGCAGCAGCAGCGAGGAGGAGCGGAGCCUCCGGGAAUGUGAACUUUACAUCCAAAAACACAACAUCCAGCAACUGCUGAAGGAUUGCAUUGUACAGUUAUGCACAGUGAGACCUGAAAGACCCAUGGGAUUCAUCAGAGAGUACUUUGAGAGAUUGGAGAAGGAGGAAACAAAGCAGUUGUUGAAUCAGCUGAAGUCUGGUUCUCGCUCCGACUCCCGGGAGGAUGAGAUCUCCCCUCCUCCUCCCCUCAACCCUGUGGUUAAAUAUCGAUCACGACGUGGGGCCAUCAGUGCAGAAGUCUACACAGAAGAGGAUGCUGCCUCUUAUGUUAGAAAGGUUAUUCCAAAAGAUUAUAAAACCAUGGCUGCUUUGGCAAAAGCAAUUGAGAAGAAUGUGCUGUUUACCCAUCUUGAUGAUAAUGAGAGGAGUGACAUCUUCGAUGCGAUGUUCCCCGUCACUUACAUCGCAGGAGAGACUGUCAUCCAGCAAGGUGAUGAAGGUGAUAACUUCUAUGUUGUUGAUCAAGGAGAAAUGGAUGUUUACGUGAACAGUGAGUGGGCCACCAGCGUGGGUGAGGGUGGCAGCUUCGGAGAGCUCGCCCUCAUCUACGGCACCCCCCGAGCUGCCACCGUCAAAGCCAAGACCAACGUCAAGUUGUGGGGCAUUGACAGGGACAGCUACAGAAGGAUCCUGAUGGGAAAUACUUUGAGAAAGAGAAAUAUGUAUGAGAAAUUCCUUAGUAAAGUAUCUAUAUUGGAAUCUCUGGACAAGUGGGAGCGUCUCACUGUGGCUGAUGCCUUGGAACCGGUACUAUUUGAGGAUGGCCAGAAGAUUGUGGUCCAGGGAGAGCCAGGAGAUGAGUUCUUCAUUAUCUUGGAGGGCACAGCUGCAGUGCUACAGCGCCGGUCAGAAAAUGAGGAAUUUGUUGAAGUGGGCAGACUGGGACCUUCUGAUUACUUUGGUGAGAUUGCUCUGCUGAUGAACCGUCCUCGUGCUGCCACCGUCGUGGCUCGUGGCCCCUUGAAAUGUGUGAAGCUGGACCGGCCCCGGUUCGAGCGUGUGCUGGGGCCCUGCUCUGACAUCCUCAAGAGGAACAUCCAGCAGUACAACAGUUUUGUAUCACUGUCUGUCUGAAACCUUCCUUCCUGUCCAAGCCAUGCUUCACAAAUGCAGACUGCUUUCUUCCCCUUGUGCAGAGCCACAUCACCACUGGCAUUUGCAGCUUCCUGUCCGGUUA